AUGGAUUCAUCUGUUUUAGGAUCAAAAGGUCCGUCAUCUGUGAUUACGAACGAACAGCGCAAACGUCUCUUUAGCAAUAUUUUCGCCGUCCGAGACUGCAGUGAAAGGUUAUUGUCGGACUUGGAAAACAGACUGCAGAGUAACUUGGUCCUCUCCGAUCUUUGUGAUAUUCUCUGUGAUCAUUUCGAAGCCAAUUUCGACCCAUAUGUCAAAUAUUGCUCCAAUCAGCGGCUAGAAAGCGAUCGUUUGUGCCAGGGUCUAGAUAUGCGUUCGUUUCUGAUGUUACCCAUGCAAAGAGUCACUCGCUAUCCACUGCUGGUGAUUGCGAUCCUGGAACGAACUCAUCAAGAUACGACGAAUUAUCAGACUGCCCAAAUUGCAUUGCACCUCGCUAACCAUAUCGUAACUUGUUGUAAUGAAGGUGCUCGUCGAAUGGAUCGUACCGAACAGCUCCUGGAAAUCGAACGGCGUCUCGUAUAUAAAUCAUCCGAUUUGAGGUAA